AUGAAUCUUCCCAGGAAUAGCAUGUUGGACACAACCAUUUCUGGAUCAGCAAAACAAGAAAGCAAUGAGGGUAGCCGUCUAUUUAAGACAAUGGCUAAAUCCUUUUCAAAGAGGUGGCAAAAUGGAGAAAUAAGCAAUUUCCAAUACCUUAUGCAUCUCAACACCCUGGCAGGACGUGGAUACAGUGAUCUUACCCAAUACCCAGUGUUUCCAUGGGUUCUUGCAGAUUAUGAGAGUGAAAAUCUGGACUUGUCAGAUCCAAAAACAUUUCGUAGACUUGAGAAACCGAUGGGUUGUCAGACAUUAGAGGGUGAAGAAGAAUUCAGAAAAAGAUACGAGAGCUGGGAUGAUCCAGAGGUUCCCAAAUUUCAUUAUGGUUCUCAUUAUUCCAGUGCUGGGAUUGUCCUCUUUUAUCUUCUACGCCUACCUCCUUUCAGUGUAGAGAAUCAAAAGCUACAGGGAGGGCAAUUUGACCAUGCUGAUCGUCUUUUUAACAGUGUUAGAGAUACUUGGUUCAGUGCGGCUGGAAAGGGCAACACAUCAGAUGUGAAGGAGUUGAUUCCAGAAUUUUUCUACAUGCCUGAGUUUUUGGAAAAUCGUUUCAAUCUUGAUUUGGGAGAGAAACAAUCAGGAGAAAAGGUUGGUGAUGUUGGCUUACCUCCAUGGGCUAAAGGCAGCACUAGAGAGUUCAUCAGGAAGCAUAGGGAGGCACUGGAAUCUGAUUAUGUUUCAGAACAUUUGCAUCAUUGGAUAGACCUCAUUUUUGGAUAUAAACAGAGAGGGAAGGCGGCUGAGGAAGCCGUGAAUGUUUUUUAUCACUACACAUAUGAGGGGAGUGUGGACAUAGACUCAGUGACAGAUCCUGCAAUGAAAGCCUCAAUUCUAGCACAAAUUAAUCAUUUUGGGCAGACACCCAAACAGUUAUUCCCCAAACCCCAUGUGAAAAGGCAGGUCGACAGAAGGCUUCCUCAUCCGCUCAAGUACUCGUAUCUUCUUGUUCCGCAUGAGAUACGUAAGACUCCAUCUUCCAUAACUCAGAUUGUUACUGUCAAUGAGAAAAUCCUAGUCGUAGGAACAAAUUGUUUGCUUAAACCAAGAACGUAUACCAAAUACGUAGCAUGGGGUUUUCCAGAUCGUAGCUUAAGAUUUAUGAGCUAUGAUCAAGACCGACUCCUCUCCACACACGAGAAUCUUCAUGGGGGCAACCAGAUUCUGUGUACUGGUGUUAGCCAUGAUGGUCAGAUUCUGGUCACUGGGGGUGAUGAUGGCUUAGUUUCUGUUUGGAGAAUCAGUAAUUAUGGUCCCCGUGUCUUGAGACGCUUGCAGUUGGAGAAAGCCCUUUGUGCCCACGCAUCAAAAAUUACAUGUCUCCAUGUUAGCCAGCCUUACAUGCUGAUUGUGAGUGGAUCGGAUGACUGCACCGUCGUUAUAUGGGAUCUCAGCUCCUUGGUUUUUGUUAGGCAGCUCCCUGAGUUCCCAGCACCGAUUUCUGCAGUUUAUGUGAAUGACUUGACAGGGGAUAUUGUGACAGCAGCUGGAAUUUUACUUGCAGUUUGGAGCGUUAAUGGAGACUGCCUUGCAAUGGUUAACACAUCUCAACUGCCUUCUGAUUCAAUUCUGUCUGUGACAAGUAGUUCAUUCUCUGAUUGGCUGGAUACAAACUGGUUUGUAACGGGUCAUCAGAGUGGGGCGGUUAAGGUGUGGCAAAUGGUUCACCACACCAACCAUGAGAGUUCCCAACAGAAGUCAACAAGCAACGGAAUGGGGGGUUUAAACCUCAGUGACAAAGCACCAGAGUACAGGUUGGUCCUCCACAAGGUGCUCAAGUCUCAUAAGCAUCCUGUUACUUCCCUUCACCUUACAAAUGACCUCAAGCAGUUACUAAGUGGGGAUUCUGGAGGGCAUUUGCUGUCAUGGACAGUGCCAGAUGAGAGCUUGAGAGCUUCAAUGAAUCAGGGGUGA